AUGGAGUUACCUCUAAGUAUUGAAGAACUUAUUCAUGAACUUGAUGAACCUAAUUUAAAUGGUUGGAAAUUAUUUGCUCAAACUUCUGACGUUAAAGUUUAUCGAAAAAUUGAUGAUGAGAACAAAGGAAUACAGUAUAAAUGUUAUUCACAUAUUCCUGAUGUAACACCAGAUAUUUUUUAUAAAGUAGCACUUGAUGUUGAUUAUCGAUUAGUUUGGGAUAAAUAUCUUAAAGAAGGAAAAAUAAUAAAUGAUGGAGAAAAAGAAGGUGUCUAUUGGGAAAUGAUAAUGCCAUUAUUUAUUGAUAAUCGAGAUUAUACAUUCACACAAAAACAUGAUGAAUAUGAUAUUGGUAAUCGUCAUUUUUAUUAUGUUAUGACACAUUGUGAACCAUUUACAAAUGUUCCACCAAGAAAAAAAAUUGUUCGUAUUGAAAAUUGUCAAUCACAAACCUUACUUUGUUCGGAUGGUGCAAAAGGGCUUCGAUCUAUUUUUAUAUAUUAUGAAGAUCCACGUGGUAGUAUUCCUAAAGCUUUGUGGACUUGGGCUGCUAAAUUCGGUGUUCCAAUAUAUGCAAAAUUAACACAUAAUGCAUGUCUAUCUUAUCCAAAUUGGAUAAAAGAUAAACAAACAAAGUUACCUGAUGUAACUGAACAUGAUAUUGAUAGUGCAGCAAUUCUAACGACAGAUGAUAAUGAUAAUACACAAGAAAAAUAA